AUGCCUUGUUUUAAGGGUCUUGCAGUCAGCAUCCAUACGCCUAAUGGGCCACUUGCCGAAUACUCAGUUCAGCGCCAUUCCCGUGCCUCUCGAAUUGCCUGCUACAUCCCGGUACCGCCUCCGAAGCUUCCCAACUCGGCCACGGGGAAGCCAGAACAGUCGACAUUCGCCAUAUCAAUCACCCUCCUCACACCAGGUCUGACAGUCCCUUAUUCCACGCCAAAAGCCACGCCAGAUAACCCCUAUCCGAGGCCCAAGAUUGUGGGAGGCCUCCCGGACCAACCUACUGCUGUGUCCUCCAUAGGCCCAUAUCAACCCAUGACAGCCUCCCCGCGAGAAACAGUUGCGGCAUAUAUCUAUUUUGAUGGCAGACAGAAAGAAGAAGUGGCCACCUUACUAAGAAGGGGUGAAGAGACUUGGGUCAAUUCGAGGUGGGUAGGCGUUCCGCAGUCCGAAGGCGGUGGGCUUGCCGAACGAGAAUUCUUGUUUCGUGAAGUCGGCCUAGAACGAUGGCUUAAUGGAUUAGAUCUCGAGGGCAAGGAUGCUGCAGAGAAAAUUGAACGAAGGCGUCAAAAAAUGGAGAAAAGGAGGCGAAAACGAGAGCUUCAACAACGCAAUGAAAACGCUGCUAAUGCGGCUGCGGACGAAGGCAUGGAUCUGGAUGACAAGAAGCCAAAGCUUCUGCGGGAGAAGGGUGUUCUUCGUUAUGGAGCAAAUGAUCAGUCGCCCGUGGAGCAGCUAUCUGACGAUGCGGAAUUGCUAUCCACAGAUUCGGACUUUGAUGACGACCCUAUCCCAGAAACGGCCGGUCAGAUUAAAGUAGCCUUGUUCCGAGUCUUGGCUUCCGGCGAGAUCAAGCGUGGGGAGUAUUCUCCUCAAUUUGAUGCCCAUGAUGAUGAUGAGGAUCUGCAUGGUGGUCCUGGCGGUGGUCAAGAGUCGAAUGGAAACGGCAGCACGGCAGAUAUAGACCAUACCACUAGCUUUGCGAAGCCAAAGUCGCUAGACCCCAAGUCCAUCAGUACUCAGACGGUCACCGGAAUCGAUCCGACCGAUAAGCCCUAUGCCGUCUUUACAUUCAUGUAUAGGGGUGAACGCCAAUUGCAGAAAAUGGGGAUAUUAAAGGAUCCCAAGUCUCAAGACAAGGAGUCUCUUAAGUCAGCUCGUCGAAAGUCUACACAGCCUGAUUUUGCGAAUAUCAAACCACUGAAGCCGGGUGGCACUACCGGCUUUGUCGGCUUUAGAGAUCGUGAAAAGGAGCAGAAGACCGGUAAAAGAAAGGGCUCCAAUGGAAAUGAACUCGACAGUGACGACGAUGAAGAUGACGAAGGUGUUUCUGUUUCCAUUGUUGGUAAGGCUGAGGAUGAAGAGGAGAAAGAGGCCAACUCUCUCCUAUCUCCCGAUGAUGCCAAGCGGCAGGGUGAGCUCGCAGAAGGUGUUCGGCAGAUAAAGCUCAAACGACAACACUCUGCCGAACCCUUGUCCGCGGCAGCCGGUCUCGCAGAUCCCGCGAAGGCUUCAAAAUCAAGCACUCCCGGAUCAAGGCUUUCCCCGCCAGUAACAGCCAGGCACGACUCCACACCACCUCACAGUAGUCUGCCCAAGGAGACAAGUAUGAAUUUACUCGACAAUGAUGCCUAUGUUGGUAGCCCGCUCAAAAAACAAAGGGCAAGCAUAUCGGCAACUGACGAGAAUGUUCAUCGUCAGGGGCAAGUGGCUGGCUUAUCAUCUAAGAUUCACGAGAUCAUGGACACUUCUGCUACUGCUACCUCGGCAACAGCUGGUGAAACCCAAAGCAGCCAGAGUAGCAUAACCAACCACAAUACAAGCACCACCACUGCUAAUAAUGAUAGUCUGUGUGGGAGCUUACUCUCGGAGGGUAUAAUGGAGUCUGAUAUAAAGUCACCCGGCUUAGAGGAGGAGUUGUAG